CCGCCUGCACCUGCUCCUGCUCCUGCUCCUGCUCCUGCUCCUGCUCCUGCGCGCGCCGUCUUUGGCCUGCAGACCCGUCGCCAUGGGAAAGUAGGUGUCCAUGUGCUUGUUCAAUGCAAAUGCAAACUCAAUCGCCCGCCACAUGCCACGCUGCUUUUCCCACGCUGCUCAACCCUUGCCAUGUUGAACAGCACACCGCCCGCUCGUUGCGGCCUUGGCUCAUGA